CUAUGACAGUAAAAUAGACAGUACCGCAUACAAUAUUUUUUCAUAUGGCAACACUUUUGACAAACGUCAAUGUCAUUGAAGUUUAUCUUGUCUUUGCCCUUUUCCUGCAAAAUAUUUCUAGGGAGCUAAGAUGGGUCGUUACUCUCGGGAACCGGAUAACGCAGCGAAGUCAUGCAAGGCGCGUGGCUCAAACCUCCGUGUUCACUUCAAGAACACAUAUGAGACCGCUAUGGCUAUCAAGAAGCUGCCCCUCCGCCGUGCCGUGAGGUACCUGAAGAAUGUGACUGAACAGAAGGAGUGCAUUCCUUUCCGCCGCUUCAACGGUGGAGUUGGUCGUUGCGCGCAGGCCAAGCAGUUCGGCACCACACAGGGACGCUGGCCCAAGAAGUCAGCCGAGUUCCUGCUCCAGUUGUUGAGGAACGCUGAGUCCAACGCUGACUACAAAGGUCUUGAUGUUGACAGGCUCGUCAUUGAUCACAUUCAGGUGAACCGCGCGCCCUGCCUGCGCAGAAGAACAUACCGUGCGCACGGUCGCAUCAACCCCUACAUGUCGUCUCCGUGCCACAUCGAGGUGUGCCUCUCGGAGCGCGAGGACGCCGUGUCCCGCGCCGCGCCCGCCGACACCGCCCCCGCUAAGAAGAAGCUCAGCAAAAAGAAGCUGGCCCGCCAGAAGGAGAAGAUGAUGAGGGAAUAGGCCGUAAGGUUAAUAAAUGACUUUUAAAACGCA